ACGAACCCGGGAGAGCACACAGCUCGGCGGGGCGGGCAGCGAACGGGCGCGCGAGCUCGGCGUCGUGGCGGAGCAAAUCUUCCGGAGUGGGAGGGGGGAGAGAAAGUUAGAAAAGAUCCGAAUUUGUGGGGGGCGGUGGUCUCUGGAUGGGGACAACACGUGCGGCAUUGCGGAGGGGACGAGGUGGAGGCGGAGGUGCCGGUGCGAGGGCCGCGGGGGUGGAGGAGGGCGACGGGGAGGCGCGCCAAGACGGUGAGGGUGGAGGACGCCGGCGAGGGGAGGGGGCUGCCGCCGCCGUCGCCGGCGACGGGGCCGCACGCCGUCGGCAGGUCGCGCGGGGCGCGGCGGCAGGGCGAGACCAUCGCCAAGGGCCACAAGAACUACGAGCUUAUGCUCAACCUGCAGCUCGGCAUCAGGCACGCAGUAGGAAAGCAAGGUCCGAUUACUCUUGAUCUUAAAUCAUCAGCUUUUGACCCGAAGGAGAAAGUAUGGACAAGGUUCCCACCGGAAGGCUCAAAAUACACCCCUCCACACAAUUCUUGCGAUUUCAAGUGGAAGGAUUACUGCCCACAAGUAUUCCGGACACUGCGCAAGUUGUUCAAGGUUGAUGCAGCAGACUAUAUGUUAUCCCUUUGUGGAGACCAGGCUCUCCGGGAGCUCUCGUCUCCUGGUAAGAGUGGAAGUUUCUUUUAUCUCACGAGCAAUGACCAGUAUAUGAUAAAGACAAUGAAGAAAGCUGAAGUAAAGAUAUUUCUGAAGAUGCUUCGAGCUUAUUAUAAUCAUGUCCGGGCAUUUGAGAACACUCUAGUCACCAAGUUUUUCGGUCUUCACUGUGUCAAACUAGCUGGUGCUAAUCAAAAGAAGGUUCGUUUUGUCAUAAUGGGAAAUCUGUUCUGCUCUGAUUACUCAAUUCAUAGGCGAUUUGACCUGAAAGGUUCAUCCCUUGGACGUACAACUGACAAGCCACAAACAGAGAUUGAUGAGUACACUACUUUGAAGGAUCUUGAUCUCAACUUUAUAUUUCGGUUACAGAAACAAUGGUAUCAAGAGUUUCAAAGACAAGUGGACAGGGACUGCGAAUUUCUCGAGCAGGAAAAUAUCAUGGAUUACAGUCUCUUGGUUGGUCUACAUUUUAGGGAUAGAAGGGAUAGGCUAUUGACUGGAGGUUCAUUUGAUAGUGACAGCAGCAGAGGAUCAUCACCUCACCUGUCUAGAGGAGAUACGGAUCCAAACAGGUUAGCCAAGAUAAAACUUGGGUCAAACAUGCCAACAAGAGCUGAACUGACACUACGAAAGAGUGAUUGUGAUUCCCAGAUUAUUGGAGAGCCUACUGGGGAGUUCUACGAUGUUAUAUUGUAUUUUGGGAUUAUAGACAUACUUCAAGAUUACGAUAUCAGCAAAAAGCUUGAGCAUGCAUACAAAUCAUUCCAGUAUGACCCAACAUCUAUCUCGGCAGUAGACCCAAAACAGUACUCAAGACGCUUCAGAGAUUUUGUAUACAAAGCGUUCCAAGAAGAGAAGUUAGAGUUCUGAAACACAUUGAAACUUGAUAGCUACCGUAGCCGCUGACAUGGAUAUCGGUGUUAAACUGUCCAAACAUGGUGCUGCUCACAUUGCAGCAGAGCUUUUGGUGACUCUACUUGCUACGUGCAUAUCAUCAUUUGUCCACUGCAGUGCACUUCAGUAGAAGCCAUCAGGAUGAUCAAGCCCCUGCCUGCGGAGAGGAAUUCAGAUGGCUCUCAUGUAGAAAUAAGGCUCCAAUUGAGAUAGCGGUGCAUUUCAAUAAGCAGGUUCAACAAUAUUUUUUUCAUAAAAUAGUUGUUUGGCAAACGGUUAGCAAAAAUCUUUCACACAACUGCUAUAUUACAUUGCACAGUGUAGCAUAGCGCAGCAAAGCGAAGCUAUGCCUAAAUACAUGCAUAUAGAAAUCACUGAUAUUAGUGUAGAAGCUGACUUGAAGAACCAACCUACAGAGAAAUUUGUAACGACAGUUCAGAGAUGUAAAUCUUUUUACAUGAGGUAAC